GCUGAUCCAUCACUGCUGACGUCCAAUCAGAUGAGGGCUGAUGGGAUUGGCUCAAUCAAUGUGUUGUUUCCUCUCGCAUCUUGGAUACGUAGAGCAGUCUGCGUUAUUACCGUGGCCCUGCAUGUUGUGCGGUUUCUGUCGUUUGUCAUGGAAAACACGCGCUGCUUCACCAACCGCUUCUCUGACUACAAAGGCACGCUGCUCCCGGGUCAGUGCGCUCAGGCCGUCGUGCCCGCCGUCGUCGCCACCGUCGAUAAAAUCCUGAAAAAGGUUCCCAUCGACAUCAGCGACUGCGACGGAGGGCUGUACGAUGGCCCUGCCGGGGUGGCUUACAUGCUGUAUCAUGUCAGCGAGUGCCCGCUGUUCUCAGAGCAGCGGGACGCAUAUCUGAAGACGGCAAAGCAGAUCAUCGACGUGUCGGUCAGAUACGUGGAUGCGGAGCCUGACAAGAACAUGCGCGCCGCCUUUCUGCUCGGCGGGGCCGGUAUCUACGCGGUUGCCGCUAUGAUAUACAAAUCUCUGGGCUUGGCUGAUUUCGUUAAGCCGCUGACCAAAUUUCGUAACCUGUGGGAGGUGUGCGCGCCCAUCAAUUUUCUGGAGUGCGGCUCGGAUGAGCUGUUUGUGGGGCGAGCUGGGUAUCUGUGUGCUGCGCUGGUCCUCAGACAGAAGCUGGGCAUAGAGAUUCUGAGCAAAGAUCAAAUCAAAUCUAUUUGCCAGGCCAUCAUUGAAUCGGGAAAACAGUACGCCAAGAGGAAGAGAAAGCCUUUCCCCCUCAUGUACUCGUACUAUGGAACGGAGUAUCUUGGUGCAGCCCACGGCCUCUCAUCAGUGCUCCAGAUGCUGCUGAGCUACCAGGACAACCUCAGUUGGGCAGAGAAGGACCUGGUGUGGCAGAGCGUCGAUUUCCUAAUGAACCAGGAGCAGAACUGUAACUGGCCUGCAGAGCUGGGUGCCAUCAUCGAGAGAGAGAACGAACUGGUGCACUGGUGCCACGGAGCCCCAGGUGUGGCGUAUCUUUUUGCUAAGGCCUACCUGAUCAAUAAGAAACCCCAGUAUCUGGACACGUGUAUCCGGAGUGGGGAGCUCGUGUGGCAGAAAGGCCUGCUGAAGAAGGGACCUGGGAUUUGUCAUGGAGUUGCAGGCAGCGCUUACGUCUUUCUCCUGCUUUAUCGGCUCACAGGCAACUCGAAAUACAUCUACCGUGCGCAGAGGUUUGCAGAGUUCCUCUUCACUGAGGAGUUUAAGGCAGGCUCCCGCUCAGUGACCAGUGUCUUCAGCCUGUUUGAAGGCCUGUCGGGCACUGUUUGUUUCCUCGUUGACCUCCUGCAGCCGGACCAGUCAGAGUUUCCUCUGUUUAGUGUCUUUGUGUGAAUGAACCUGCUGCUCAGACAACACUCCCUCCCUCUGAAAUCUUUCAAUAACUGGAUUGGUAGAAACACUGUCUUGAUUGUAACUGUGAUCAGAGUGGGAGUGGGGGGAUGGAUGGUGUUUGGGAUUUAGAAAAUCACAUUUGAGUACAGUUGCAGUAGAAAAAGGCUCUUUUUUGUGUCUGUACUAAAGUGGUUGUUCAGCUUGUCCAGGCUUUAACAGAUUCAUUCCACUUACUGUAACAUUGUCCAUUUCAAUUUACAAUGUAUUCAGUUGUACUCAUGCAGAGGUGUUCAAACUGUGGGCCUCCCCAGGGCGGCAUGAGAGAGUUGAAGAGGAGGCGUGGAGUGAGAGACUUUGAAUUUGAGUCACAAAUGUUCUCUUUCUCUGAGUUAUAACUCAGUCAAAUCUAAACACAGAGACAUGUUACACAUACUUUUAGAUUCAACGUGACUUACACUUCCAGAUGAGAUUGUCAUUAUCUCCAAUGUCACUAAUAAACGUCCAUAAAUCAGGAACGUCAUAGAAAAAACAGUCCUUAUACUGGAACUAACUGAUUCAUAUUUUUAAUGGUGCCAAUUUCCCAAAAUGGAAACAAAUAUAGUCUAAAAAACAGCUUUGCUCAAGUUUGAAAACCCCUGCAAUAAAAUAUUGGCAGUUUUUUCUAUGCUAGUAGAUUGAAACUGCAGCAUAUUCUAAAAAGAUGCUGCCCUCAGGUCAGAAACACACAUGCACAUAUACCAUUGACAGCUAAAAUAACUGGCAAUCACAACCCAAUUCGCAGAAAAGAAAAACAGAAAAGAGAAACACAAUUGUCACAAAAUGCCUUUAAACCUUUUCUACCAUUUCACCAGCUCAGCGUCACGUAUUGUAGACCUUUGAGUUGAUUAUUGUGAAAUUAUUGUUGUCUGAACUUUUAAUGACAAAUAUAAUGGAGGGAUUUUGAUAAUGAACCUGUAAAAUAGUCAAGUUUGGUAGAGAUGUAAAGCCAACAGAUGAUGAGAGAAAUAACUGUAGAUUGUCCUAUUAAUAGUGUGCAUAUGACAGACUCGCCUGUUUGAAUUGAGGUUACACCAUGUGUAGCAGUGUGACAGCUGUGUGUAUAUUUGAUGUUUCAAACUGUGCUAGUUACCGUAUGGGGAUCUUCGAAAUGUUCAAUUUGUUAUGAUUUGAGAAAAAGUCAAGUUAAAUUACAGUUAAAUUACAGUUAAAUUACAGUUGACUGAGGGAUUGAAAUUUGAUCACAUCUCUCUGACAACAUUAGAAACCAAAAAUGCUUUGGGCUGUGUGUGUACAGGGUAAUAAAGUUAAAUAUUAGGAAACCAAAGGAGUUUCCCAAAGCUAAUUGUGCUUGUUGUGGAACAUUUAUAAGCUGUGUAUGUGUGUGUGUGUGUGUGUGCUUUUCCAUUUGCAACAACAAAGUCUAAAGGAUUAUUGUUAUUAAUAAUUAAUA